AUGGAUGCCAUGGGGCGUUUGGACGAGUGCCUAGAGCAGCUGAACCUAGGCGAGAGCCCUUGCAAGUCUUCUUCUGAACCGACUUACAGAUCGAGGGUUGAGUGAGUUUUUUCGGAUCUUGUUCUACUCGGCUUUCGACCUUGUAAGAGUAAUUUCUUUGAUUUAUCGAGCUUUUCUUCCCUUUGCGACUCGAUCUUUGCCUUAAAAUUAUAUUACAAUCGUAUUUUCAGUGACAUUGUGGCAUAUUAUGAGAAGAUGUUGUUGGCGAAUGCGGAGCAGUUGAUGAAUUUGGCGAAGGAAGAACAAUAUUCAUCGGCGCUACGCUCUUCUCGAAAUAUAUCUCCGUUUUCAUCUCCAACUACUCGCCGUCUCCCUGCAUCUCGUUUCCCUUGUUAUCGUUGGGAAUGUUCGAUAUCUGAUAACACUGUCAAUCGUUCUACUGUUCCUUCUCCCAACCGCUCAAAAAACAUUGCCUUUAUUGAAGAUCUCAGUCCUCCAGAGUCGACUUUUCUUUCCAAUGUUUCCACUUUCAACUCAUCUGGAUCGUCACCAUAUGUGAGUUGUUAAGUGACAAUAAAAGCAUUGCUUUAGUAUGGGUAUUAUGGCAACACUCCCCCGCAUUCGGCUGGGAGUACAUGGAGUGAUCUGAGUGAAGUGUUAUUUGAUCCAGAAGAUGAAGACAGCAGUGCCUAUCAAGUCCAACGAAUAACCCGAGCGUAUCGAACUCCUAAUCACUACCCUUUGUAAGUUUCUUUGUUUAUUUAAUUUAUUCUGUUUCUUGAUUUUAUAGGCCCGAAUGUCGAGAGGAAUCUUCGUUCGACACCACUGCUUCUACUGUUACUAAUUUGAAUACCUCUUCCUUUUCCGAGUCUUCUUGGAGCUUUUGGGGUUUGGAUAUUCCAGCAGAUGAGGAGUUUUUAAGUGUAGAAGAUACCUGCGAAGCCUCCUCGUCUAGUGUACAAGGAGACAUCAGCCCAUCUGUUCUUGGUCGAAUAUUCCAGUUCAAAAUAAAAGACGAAGUUAUUAAUAUUGAUUUUAAUGACGUAACAAAUGGAGUUAUCUACGAUUACUCAUGGAGAUUGGAUCUUUACGCUCCUCAAUUUAGGGUAGGUCCAAUAAACCUUACAGGGGAAAUACUCCAAGUGCGACGCUCAGAUUUUCUCUAAAUUUUGCACACACAUCGGGUAUGGACUAAAUAUCAAUUCCUGAAAGUUUUAGCUCGCGCUUUGCGGGCGCCGACGAGAUAUCGAACGAUUUUUGCCGCCGAGAGAGCACGCUAAACGUGGAAAGCGGUCAGAGAGAAAACACCUUUUUGGCCAUAACUUUGGCAGUUUCGAGCGGAAAAAUUUGAUUUUUUGUAGAAAUCCUUUACUUUACGGUUGAAAUAGGCAUGAAACUUUUCGAGCCGAAAUUCGGCAAAAAGUCCUAAAUUUUGGCCGACUUUUGGUCUAAAAAUCUCGGUUGUUUCUGCAAAGCGCGAACUAGAAUUCUCGCAUACAUCUUAUAAAAAAUUAUUCUAAAUUUGUGCCAAGUUUCAUCAAAAUCUGAGCGUCGCACUUGGAGUACUUCCCCUGUUAUUUGUAAACCUCAUGGGGCGAAUUGGAACCACUUUGUUCGUUAUUUCCCACAUAUGUGCUACACCUAUCUUCGACCGUUUCCAAUAUACAAUAGUUUUCUGGUAUCAAAAAACGGGAAAUAUGUGGAUUAAGGGAAAACAACGAAUUUGAACCUUUGGCCAAAAAUAUUCAAAUGGUCCACGAAAAUGAACCACCGCGAAAGUCUGUCCUCACUUUGACGGGCAUUCCCUCAAACAUAAGUAUGCUCAAUUUAAGCCAUUUCUGAUAAGUAGUCAUGUUUUAAUAAGUAGUACAGUGUUGUGAAAACAUGAAAUUGUGAAUUACAGUAGGUUAAUGAGAGAAUUAGGCAGACGUGUUAAAGCCAUAUGUUAUUGGGUGCUUACAGUCAUUUUAAAAACAAAAACUCAAAAUCGGUUUUUUCCUAGCUGGCGGCUAGCCGCGGCUGAUAAAGUGAUUCAGUACUCGCGUUUUAAUCGUUUUUGGUCUUUUGUAGAAUGCUUUAAUCGAACUAACCUUACGAAACCUAUCCAAGAUGUUGGACCAGAAUAUUACCCACGCUGACGUCAUCGAGAAGCCAUCCGGAUUGCGAAAAAGGUAAAAAGUCGGAUUGGAUUGUAUAUGUAGGUUAACGUGAAAAAUACGAUUUUUUUUUGAAUAGAUAUAAGGAUGAAUACAUAUAAGGAGCUCUCGAGAGCUCCCUGUCAAGAAAUCGGGAGUUAUUGCCUGUCAAGACGAAAAAUAUUAGAUCGCUCUGUCGUUAUAUUAAAUGCAUAGGCUUUGUUUUAGGUAGCAUAAAUAACUAGAUGAGGAGUCUUGUUCAUGUUUUACGUGUAACAAACAAAUAUUUAGAUUGGCUAAUUCCAUUCGUUCUCUGAAAUUAAAAAAAGAACAAAGGAAAGGGACGUUCCAACGGAAUCUGAAGGAAAUCCGCAACCGAAGUGACAUCAACUCCCCACUCCCAGUUUUCAUUCACUGUAUUAUGGAUGCGAUCUUAAACCAAGCCUCCCAGGCCGCUAAUACGGGAUUAUUCCGAACGGCCGCUCUCAAGACUCGAGUCGAAGAAUUGAGAAAAACUUGCGAAAAUCUAGAUGCGAAUGACGUACUGCCAUUAACCUUGGCUGAUUCCAGCAAUUUGAUUAUCUUGGCCGACAUCUUCAAACAAUUUAUUCGGGAGAUCCCUGGUCAAUUACUUUCAAAGCCCAUUUGGCAGUUGAUGAUGAAAUGUGUAAAUAAGAAGUGGUGUAAUCAGGAUGAACAAUUCGAUGCCCUCAGGGCGUGCAUUGCGUUGAUUGAUCUCGACAAAAGAGAUGCCUUGUGUAUCAUCAUGUUCUUUCUGAAACGAUUGUCAAAAUAUUCGGACGUUACUUUGGUAAGUUGAAGUGUGUUUAAACGUGAAAUUAUACUAAUCUUCCUGUAACAUGAUUGUAAAUUUUAUAGAUGACUGUUGACAAUUUGGUCUCUGUGUUUAUGCCCACCAUCUGCAAGCUUCAGAAUGAUAAUAACGAUACCCCAGACGACUACCUCGCGAAUUGUAAAUCUCUGACAGCCCUCCUGUCACUCCUAAUUUCUGAAGCUGAUGAUUUUUUCAAGUUGCCGACGGUGAUACUUGUUGAAUUAGAGAGCCCUCUUUCUUCGAAACGAAAGCGUAACAUGAAUGACCAUCUCAAAUAUGAUCAAAGACAGUUAUCGCAUUCCGGUAUUAUAUCGUCCUACUCUUUGAAAACAAACCAGGAAUAUCGUUCUGAUGCUGUCCUGGAGAUGAAUACCGUUGAUUUGUUUCGAUUUCUGAUAGAAAACAGAACCUGGGACCCGACAUUUACUUCGUAUCAGUAUUUAAAAACCGUCAGUGACGAUAUUGAACUAAUAUCAGCGCGAACGAAAUGGUGCCCUUCGGAUGCCGAAGCCAUUUGUAUUUCACGGCAAGUCUUUUGCUGAUCGACAAGUUUAUGAUUAAUUUAAAUUAGUAAAAACUUAAUUUCAGGAUGUCCACUAGACAUUACGCCAAGAUCAUUCGGAAGCACACUUUCAUCUUGAUUGAACGAUCAGCCCCGCUGGCUGUUUACAACUCGAACUCCACGGUCAUCCUCCGAAAACUUCAUUUUAUCCUCAGAAGAAUCGAUGCUCAUCGAACGAAUGUCACUUUUGUUUUAGGAAUAGAUUUUAGGUAUUUUUUUGUUAUUUUCGGUACCAGAUGUGCCAUGGGAAUCCUUUUCAUGAGACUUAUUUCAGAAACUCGAACAAGCAAGUAUCAUGCGACGAUCUCAUAAAACACACCUGUGAUGUCAUGGAAGCCCUAAAGGGUCGAUUUCAUACAGAUCCAAUAUAUUGUUAG